GGUUCGACGAGGGUAUCGUCUUUCUAGCGUGCCAUUGUCUGUGCCCAGAUCCGUCUGAUUCUUCGUCACGGCUUGCGCGCGUUUUCUGUUCGUGUGGAGAUUGCGAACUCAUUGCCUUUCCGCCCCCUAGCAUCGACGGACCUCCAGUUGCAGAAAGCCCUAUGUAUAACGGACCAUUGUCCCCCUGCUGAAGAUCAUUAACCUUCGUAUUACUUGUACUUACAUCGCCUACCCUGUCGCCCGUACUUCAACGGUAGCGGGUCGAUAGUCCCUCGACCAAGGUUUGCUAGCCAUGUCCUGGGAAGAAGAGCCGUCUGGCGGCCCGGCCGCUCAAGCGCCCAAGUUCUCGAGAUAUCGAAGCGUAAGAGUCAAGACUGCGUCGACAAUUCACAGCACAACAGCAACAGAUCAUAACACGCACACGGUUCAAGAUGCGCCGCAAUCACACUCUUCCGAUGAUACUUCCACAUCGACGCCCGAUCCUGCACGGGCAAACUCAAUUGCCAGGUCGAUGUCUCGCUACCGCAGGCACGCGGGCAGUGUCUCUGGUGAUAACGAUGCAACCUCCAAGAUUACUGCUCCACAACCUUCGAUGCCCCCUGUUCCUGCUAUACCCUCCAUGUUAAGGACGAACAGCAGUGACCAUACCAACUUCUCCCUUUCCAAAAAUCAUAAUGGCGAGGGACCGAUCGCCCAGGGUUCUUAUUCUCCCUCUUCUCGACCUGAUCGCCAAUCCAGGCGCACCGAGCGCGCGCACAGAGAAUUGAAUCGCAAGGCUGCAGAUUACGAGAGCCAACCAAGCGCAGAAGCCGAGCGCAGAAGAAUGGCUGAUCGCGACGAUCGCGAGAGGCGCAAGCAGGAGCAGGAGGACGCCGCCAAAUAUGCCGCACGAGUUGCGCACAACGAGAGCGAGAGCGACCGACUGUUGGCGAAGCAGAAGAAGAGGGAUCUCGAAAGACUCCAGGUCUCAUUAGCCAACAAUCAUCAGUCGGGCUUCAAACCACCAAAGUCGCCCAAAGCAAGGAGCCCAGUGGUUGAGAAAUUUGUCGCCCUAACCAAGCGCCGCAAGAGCAAGGAGGGUCUGUCGCCGACAUCGUCCACCGCUGGCUCCGUCUCCGGUGAUGGCGAGUAUGGCCGCAGUCAAGCCAACCUGCCCAAGGUGCCCAGGUUGCCCGUAGGGAUUGAAGUUGGCGGCAAAGGCAUCGUGCCGCAGAAAGACGCACCCGUCUCUGCAGUGAAUCACGGUGACCGAAUUGUAUCGGUUCAAUGCCGCCAUCAUACUUUCAUCUUGCCUGUCACGCCGGAAACGACACCGGUCGACAUAGUUCUGGCAACAGCCAGAAACAUGACAUAUGACUUGGAAUGGAGCCCUCAAGAGUGCGUUGUUUUGGAGUCCUAUGGUCCCUUGGGCCUCGAACGCCGUAUUCGGAAUUUUGAGUGUGUUCGAGACGUUAUGAACUCAUGGGACCGCGACACGCAUAAUUCCCUGAUAGUCACAAAGUCGGAUAACCUAAGUAAAGAUCGUGAUCUUGACAUCGAAUCAGUGCCAGAAACCGAUGAGAACCCCCAAGGGGUUCAAUUAUAUAUGUAUCACUCGAAUCGCCCCGGAAAAUGGAACAAACGAUGGAUUACCCUCACGGAUAACGGGCAAAUACUUUGCGCCAAGAAACCGGACGCAAGCCCAUUGGAAAAAGAUACUCUCAGCUUGUGCCACUUAUCAGACUAUGAUAUCUAUACGCCCACAGAGAAGGAGACUAGAAAGCAUAUAAAGCCUCCAAAGAGACGUUGCUUUGCCAUCAAAAGUCAACAUAAGCCAGCCAUGUUUUUGGACACAGAAAAUUACGUGCAAUACUUUUCUAUGGAAGAUCCGGGAAUGGCUUCGCUGUUCUCCGAGAAGGUUCAAAGCUGGCGCAGUUGGUAUCUUGCUGAUCGCAGACCCGCAGCUCGUCGUAUUUCAAUACCAAAGAUGGACGAUACACCACCACGGUUGCCGUCCGUGAAGCAUAUCUCGGGGAAAUCUGGCAAUCCAGCCUCCGAAGGUGGAAACCGACUGAAGAGUUCUGUUGACGACUCGCCAUAUAAAGUUGGUGAGUUCGAGCCGCUCAUCGACAUGAGACGCUUCGACAAGAGGCUAUCAUUGUUCGGAGAAGACUUGCCUUCUGCAGCUGCGGCUCCAUCCACAUCCUCUAAGCAACCACCAUCCCAUCGCAAGAAAGAGUCAAAAGACAGCCAACCUGAUGGUCCGCUGAUCGACAGAAUCGUGUCCGCCAGUGAUGAGGCGUUCACCGGAAACGGUCUUUUAGGUCAAAAUUACAACGCUCGCAAGGCAAGCGUUGAUCAAGGAGCAGCCCAUACCAGGCGGUUUUCAAAAGACUUUGGAGAUUUCGGGAAAGAAGCUUUCACAGACGGACCGUCACUCCUCAGUAAGCAGGCUGAAGCCAACGCUGCGCCGAAGGGGGAUGUUUCUUGGUUUCCAUCGGCUCUGGAGCACUCUCAAAAACACCGUGAGACGGACAACCCGCGACCGAAUACCUCAGCAGGUGUUAUCACUACCAGACCUCCAAACGGGCGCUCGAACUCUUCGUCGCAUCCUCCGCCGAUCCCACAACAGAGCCGUAUGCGCUCGGAUCGCCCUCCCAUCUCAAAUCCGCAUCUGCCGCCUAGUUCCCAUCCGCAACCUCUUAGCUCGCAUGAUCCCAACCCGACUAACAGCCGCCGCCAAGCGCCAAAGCCGCUGGUGAACCUAACGACCCCAACUAUCAACGAGCCGCCGCAGUGGUCUUCCAAGAAGGGCCACGGCGUGCAAGCACCAGAGGGCAUGCGCCACCUUGUCGAUCUGAUCAGUGUCGGCGCGCCGAAAGACAAGCCGAGCGGACUCCUCGAGAUCCCGCCGCGGAGCGCGAUGCGCAGACCUCCAACGUCUAGUGGCUCGGCCAGUACCUCUCCGUACAGGAGCGGUGGCAGCCUCAGCAGGACCAGGUCACAGAGCUCUGGGCCGCCGACUAGCCGACCCCUCAUCGAGGAUGUGCCGCCUGUGCCUAAUCUACCUGGCAUGCCACUAGCGAGCAGUGGUGGCGGAAGAACAAUGACCAUGGGCGCGAGAGAAAAGGUGGAGAUGGAUGCCAUGCGAGAGGCCAUGAAGGCUAGGGAGAGAGAUUUCAAGGAGCGGGAACGCGACAGAGGAAGAGCCCGGGAAAGGGGCAGGGAAAGAGAAGCGAGGAAUGACUAUAGUUCUACGGGGCGGGUAGGAACCUUGAAGGUGGUGUAAAGUGGGUCCGAUUUCGGGUUCAUAAUCCUUUUUUUUUCUUGCAUGUUAUAGCGAUGGAAGUCGAGACGGCGGCGUUCUUGUUGAUUGUGGGAGCAUUGGUUUCGGUGCAGGAGUGAUCUGGCACAUGCUUUCAAAGGAUAGUCACGGAUGCAUAAAAACGGAUUGGCGUGGUUACGAUGGUGAGGUCCGUCUACAGCGCACGCUCGGCCCCGUUGGUUGGAGAUUUGAGGUGUUACGCGAAAAAGAAA